GCAGCUAAAGUGUGACUAGAUUUUGAAUUGUGUUUAUCUUCUUCACAUUUCUAACCCUAAUUUCAACACAAUCACAAUGGAGCAGCAGCAACAGCAACACGGCGAUGCUGUGGGUGGCGCUCACAACACUAACAAACUAGACUUUGGAAAGAUGGAUUACGGAUGCGAUCAUUAUCGGCGACGCUGCAAGCUCCGUGCACCGUGCUGCAACCAGAUUUUCACUUGCCGCCACUGCCAUAAUGAAUUCUCGAGUGCAUUGAGCAAUCCCAAGGAACGUCACGAGAUUGUUCGUCACGAGAUUAAGCAAGUUGUUUGUGCAGUUUGUGAAACUGAGCAGCCGGUGGCCCAUGUUUGUUCCAGCUGCGGUGUGAAGAUGGGGGAGUAUUUCUGCAAUAUUUGCAAGUUUUACGAUGAUGAUACUAAGAAGCAACAGUUCCAUUGUGAUGAUUGUGGAAUCUGUAGAGUUGGCGGUCGUGAGAACUUCUUUCACUGCAAAAAGUGUGGAUCUUGCUAUGCAGUAGUGCUGCUUGAUAAUCAUUCGUGUGUUGAAAAUUCUAUGAAGAGCCACUGUCCCAUCUGUUAUGAAUUUCUUUUUGACUCGGUAAAAGGCACUUUGAUUAUGAAUUGUGGACAUACAAUUCAUUCUGAUUGCUUUGCGGAAAUGACAGUUCAAAAUCAGUACCGUUGUCCCAUUUGUUCUAAGUCGGUCGGUGACAUGUCUACAAUUUGGCAAAGAUUAGAUAUGGAGGUUCAAGCUACUCCCAUGCCCCAUGAAUAUCGUUAUGAAGUUGGGAUUUUAUGCAAUGAUUGCAAUAAAACUAGCCAGGUAUCUUUUCACUUUGUGGGACACAAGUGCAGUCACUGCAACUCGUACAACACCCGGGUGAUUUCAGGACGUGACAAUCCACAGUAGUAUAGUUGUGCAGGAGAAGGUGACAGAAAAAAACUAAAAGCACCCCCCAUACACCUAUAUGUUAUAUUUAUAGAUGAUGCAUCCGUUAUCCGUAGUUCUUCAACAUACAAAAGAAUGAAUCUUUUACUUUUCGAGAUUUUUUUUUUUUUUUUUGCAUCAAAAGAUGAUGCAUACCUAGUUCUUCAACACACAAAAGAAUGAAUCUUUUACUUCC